GUUUGCCGAAAGUCCAGGCAGCUGUGCAGCCGGGGCCGCCGCCGCGCGGGAGUCCGGGACACGGGCCACGCUCCGCGGCGCCCAGCCUCGCGGGUUCCGGCCGCCUCUCGCCCAGGCGCCUUGCGGACCCGGCCGCCAAGCAACACGGUGGGGAAAAAAAAAAACCUGAAGGUAUAAAAGCAACACAGUGAGCAACAUUUCCUCAGAUUUUCUCUGAAGAUGGAAACCUUUUGCCUCAGGGCAUCCUUUUGGCUGGUACUGAUUGGAUGUGUGAUCAGUGAUAAUCCUGAGAGAUACAGCACAAAUCUAAGCAAUCAUAUGGACGAAUUCACUACUUUUCAUGGGCCAGAGCUCAACCUCCUGGUCACCACUCAUCGACCCACCAAUUUGGUCCUCCCCAGCAAUGGUUCAAGGCACAACUACUGCCCACAGCAGACUAAAAUUACUUCAGCUUUCAAAUACAUUAACACGGUGAUAUCUUGUACUAUUUUCAUCGUGGGAAUGGUGGGGAAUGCAACCCUGCUCAGGAUCAUUUACCAGAACAAGUGCAUGAGGAAUGGCCCCAAUGCGCUGAUAGCCAGCCUUGCCCUUGGAGACCUUAUCUACGUGGUCAUUGAUCUCCCUAUCAAUGUAUUCAAGCUGCUGGCUGGGCGCUGGCCUUUUGACCACAAUGACUUUGGCGUAUUUCUCUGCAAGCUGUUCCCAUUUUUGCAAAAGUCCUCAGUGGGGAUCACCGUGCUCAAUCUCUGCGCUCUUAGUGUGGACAGGUACAGAGCGGUUGCCUCCUGGAGUCGUGUCCAAGGAAUUGGGAUUCCCUUGAUUACAGCCAUUGAAAUCGUCUCCAUCUGGAUCCUUUCCUUUAUCCUGGCCAUCCCUGAAGCCAUCGGCUUUGUCAUGGUGCCCUUUGAGUACAGGGGUGAACAGCACAAAACCUGUAUGCUCAAUGCCACCUCAAAAUUCAUGGAGUUCUACCAAGAUGUGAAGGACUGGUGGCUCUUCGGCUUCUAUUUCUGCAUGCCCCUGGUGUGCACCGCAAUCUUCUAUACCCUCAUGACUUGCGAGAUGUUAAACAGAAGGAAUGGCAGCUUGAGGAUUGCCCUCAGUGAACAUCUGAAACAGCGUCGGGAAGUGGCAAAGACUGUUUUCUGCUUGGUUGUUAUUUUUGCUCUUUGCUGGUUCCCUCUUCAUUUAAGCCGUAUUUUGAAGAAAACUGUGUAUGACGAGAUGGACAAGAACCGAUGUGAAUUACUUAGCUUCUUGCUGCUCAUGGAUUACAUCGGUAUUAACUUGGCGACCAUGAAUUCAUGUAUCAACCCAAUAGCUCUAUAUUUUGUGAGCAAGAAAUUUAAAAAUUGUUUCCAGUCGUGCCUCUGCUGCUGCUGUCACCAGUCCAAGAGCCUGAUGACCUCGGUCCCCAUGAACGGCACAAGCAUCCAGUGGAAGAACCACGACCAGAACAACCACAACACAGAGAGGAGCAGCCACAAGGACAGCAUUAACUAAGCUAUCAGGAGGCAGCACGCGAAGCCACCCUUCCUGUCCCAGCAGAGAACCAACGACAAGCACCCAUCUCUCCGGAAGUCUCUCCUCCGACCCCUUUUCCUUCACUCAGUCCCCUCCCCCAAGAAAAAGAGUUUUCUAGAUGCUUUCCAAAACAGCAUGGGGGGUGGGGUUAUGCCCUCAAAGUCUAUGAAUCUGACCUCUGUAAUCUACAAAUCCUGCAAAUUAUCAGCACUAAAAAAUGGUAGGAGCUGAGGGAGAGUGGAGACUGUCAAUUGGAACCAGAAGGGUAUUUACUACUUUUGCAUGAAAAUAAUUUUCAGGUGCAUGACUGGCUUUCAAGGCUGUUCCUUCCAACAGUCAAAAAGAACCAGUCACCACCCACAUGUAGAGAUUAUGACAAAUUUUUUAAAUGAGGUGUUUUUUUUUUUUUUGGUCAAACACAUUAUGAGUUUAAAUCAUCUUUAUUUGAAAUGUCAUUCAUUGUCAAUAAUUUUUAAGACAUAAUAGUCUAAAAAUGAUCAUUUGAGCUUAUUUACACAUAAAAAGAAAAAAUGUUCAGGUGAGUGUUCAGUGUUUCUCCUGUCACUGUUUUAUUUUUUUAAAUGUGAAUUCUAAAACUACAACAAAUAUAGGCACUGAAACCAUAGAGAACCACAUACAGCAAUUGAAUAGCUGCUAUUCAGACAAUUUUUAAGAAACUUCUAUUUCUUUUUUAAUGGGAGUUUCAUUAUAGAUCUUAAACCUUUUUGUUAAAUUCAAAAAUAACACCUGGAUAAAAUAGUUUUAUUUUUCAUAAGCCCAAUUUUUUCUAUGUAAGUUUACAUAAAAUCAAUAUCGUGAACCAAAAUUCACGUGUAUGUGUCAUGUAACUAUGCCUGAGACUUUUAAUACAAAUGUAUAGGAAUCUAAAGCCAAAACUAGGAAAAGAAUAUCAAAUAUUUUAGAAGAUUGGAAAUUGAGAUUUUUAUAAUAGUAACAAAUAAACAUAUAUAAUGCAUAUAUAAUAGUCCUACUUCAGAAAGUUCAUGGAAAUGGAAUAAAAAGAUAAGCUGUUACAUUGAGGGGUAAGACACCCAUGUCCCAAGCUGGAGUGCCCGAAUCUGAGUUGUUCCAACUCUGGCUCCUGACUCCAGCUUCUUCCUAAUGCAGAUCCUAGGAGACAGCAGGUGAUGGCUCAAGUAAUGGGGCUUUUGCUGCCCACAUAGGAGACCUAGACUGAGUUCCCGGCUCCCAGCUUCAACCCCCAUCCAGCCCCAGUCACUACAGGCAUUUGGGGAGUGAACCAGUAGAUGGGCAUGUCCUCCAUCUGCCUGUGUGUGUGUGUGUGUGUGCACAAAUUUUUUGAAAAAAUAUAGAAAAAGAAGUUUAUUUUUGGUACAAAAACUUUGAAAUUAAUGCAUAGUUUUUUUUUCAUAAUAUACAUUUCCCACGAACUCUCUGAAGACCCUUUUAUAUAUACAUUAUUUAUAUCCCUUUGUAUUCUAAUUUCUCUUAAAAUGUUAUCAGGCAGUAAGACUUUCUGGUUAUUCCCUUUUCCAUCUAAGAAGCACAAUUUCCAAGUGGUCAGAUGAGUUUAUCAUGUCAGUGAAACAGUUAUUCCCAAAUGCUACCAUGAACUUACCAUUUUUUACUUCUCUGAUAAUGAACCUUUAUCCCCACCCCAGCCCCUACUCUUCAUAUGGUCACCAUUUCAAAGGGCCCACAGCAACUUUUCCUGGAUAUUUUUCCAGAUGUUUACAGACUGUGAGUAUAGCAAAAAAAAAAUACUUUUACAGUGUGUGUAUAUGUGUAUAUAUGUAUAUAUAUAUAAACAACUGUAAAUUUCUUUUAGUGAUUUUUCUGUGAUUGUCUUCAUGGAAUGUAUGUGUUGCUAGGCAUGUGUGUGAUGGCAUGUAUGGAUUUAAUCUAAUAAUAAUACUCUGUUGUGCCAAAUUACAUAUCUAUGUGAAUCUAGAUGAUUGUUCAUCAUGACAACUCGUCUCAGUCAGUGUUCACCUGUAAGACUUUGUGUUUAUCAAUCUUGUAGCCAUGUUACUAUUGCAAAUGGAAUAUGGGAGGUAAUAUACAGUGGGAUGAGCCAAUGGUUAACAAUAUAGGACUUUGGUUGGUUGGAUGAUUGGUUUGAUAAAGCAGUAUUUGGGGUCAUAUUUCCUGUGCUGGAGCAAAAUUCAUUACGUUUUGAAGUAUUAUAUUCUAAUUAAUCCUCAAAGUGAUGGGGAGGUUAACAGUUGUCUGAUGUGUCUCUGAUUUAUCAUCAGAUAAAGUACUGAUGAAAAAUUAGCAAAGCUAAUUUUGGGGCCUUAUUUUAGCAGACACAAGUAAAAUAAUAUUGGGUUUCAGUUGCCUGGACUGUAGGGCUAAGAAAUCCCACUCCUUUGUGUGUUAGUCAAAUUCCAUUAUUCCACUGUUGCAUCACAAGCAGUGAUAUAUGCCUAUAAUAAAAGCCAUAGGAUCACA